UAUCGUCCCUCCAGAAUGUCUGACGUGUUCAUCGUGUCCGCCGCCCGCACGCCCAUAGGUAGCUUCAAUGGAACGCUUUCUAAACUAAAGGCCUCCGAUCUGGGCAGCGUGGUCAUCCAGGAGGUGCUCCGGCGGGCCAAUGUGGAGGGCCAGCAGGUCAGCGAGGUGAUCUUGGGCCAGGCCUUAACCGCCGGCCAGGGUCAGAAUCCCGCUCGACAGGCGGCGCUGAAGGCGGGUCUGCCCAUCCAGGUGCCCGCGUAUGGGAUCAACAUGCUCUGCGGCUCCGGUUUGAAAACUGUGGCCCUGGGCUACCAGGCCAUCCGCUCGGGCGAUGCCCAGAUUGUGGUGGCCGGCGGCCAGGAGAGCAUGUCCCUCGCCCCGCACGUCAUUCAACUGCGACAGGGCGUUAAGAUGGGUCCAGGAACCCUGGUGGAUUCGAUGAUCCACGACGGCCUCACCGACGCCAUGGAGAACAUACACAUGGGCAUCACCGCCGAGAAUCUGGCAGAGAAAUAUCAAAUCAGUCGCGAGGCCCAGGAUGCCUAUGCCGUGCAGUCGCAGAAUCGGGCGGAGGAGGCCCAGAAAAAGGGGCAUUUCGACCAGGAGAUUGUGGCCGUGGAGAUUAAGGAUCGCAAGGGCACUCAGCUGUUCAGCCAGGAUGAGUACAUCAAGGCGGGCAGCACGGUGGAGGGCAUACAAAAGCUGAGGGCAGCUUUUAAAGAGGGCGGCUCUAUAACCGCGGGAAAUGCCUCUGGUGUCAACGAUUCCGCAGCCGCAGUGCUGCUCAUGUCUGGCGAGGAGGUGGCCAAGAAGGGCCUCAAACCGCUGGCCAGAAUUGUGGGCUGGACGCAGAGCGGCAUUGAGCCAAAGGUGAUGGGUUUGGGACCAGUCACUGCAGUGGAGGCUCUACUCACAAAAAUCAACUGGAAGCGCGAGGAAGUGGAUCUGUAUGAGCUCAACGAAGCCUUUGCCGCCCAAUCCCUGGCUGUUCUGCAGGAACUGCAAUUGGAUGUUAGCAAGGUGAAUGUGAAUGGCGGUGCCAUUGCCCUGGGUCAUCCCAUUGGAGCUUCGGGAGCCCGUGUCCUCGUUACUUUGCUCUAUGCACUGGAACGCACUGGAGGCAGAAGAGGAAUCGCCUCCCUCUGCAUCGGCGGCGGCAUGGGAAUCGCUUUGGCCGUGGAGCGCGUCAUUUAAUCACACUCAUUGUCACUAUUUAUUGUCCCACUUAAGUGUAAAGUUUUCUUAUUUCUACAAUUCGUAGUAUUCCCACGUACUUAUAGGCACAACCCAUG